AUGCCUCCUACGCCGGUGUCGCGUUCCAAGGCGCAGGAAGCCCCCGCCUCGGAGAAGAAACGGCUUUAUGGUGCCUGGCAGGACGGCCAGUGGUGGUGUAAUUGUGAACCUCGCAAGAAUGCCGCACUGCGCCAGGUGAAGAAGGACGGCCCUAACAAGGGCAGGUUUUUCUGGACCUGUGCAACGCCACUGCCUUGCAAAUUCUUUCUAUGGAGAGAUGACGCCCUUGUUCGAGAAUCUGGCCUUGACCCAGCGGACAACCAAGCUGCGCCACCGAGCCCCAAGACCUCCGGCUGGGCCAAGCCGUCAACUAUCACUCAGAAGUCUCUGGAGUCCUUUGGCAUUCAAUCUACGCCGUCUAAGAGGAAGAGAAGGCCGAACGCUUCUUCGGAUCAGGGCGAGGAAUUUUUCACCGACCCGGACUCGGAAGAGGAGCUCCAACUGGCAGAGAUGACAGACACAAGCGUGCAAACAGCCGCUCCGCAUCGCCCCUCAGACGAUCUCUUCACCACACCUUCCACAAGCCGUCGUACUACUGACAUUGUGGGCGGCUUGCCUACACCAUCUGUGUCCAGAGUUCUGUUCCCUGCGUCAGAGGUAAAACGUUCCAAGACGGCGUCAUUUGAGGGCCCGCCACCUUGCGAUACUCUGCCAACCCCGUCUAAAACGCCAUCGUCACACUCGAGCUUCGAUGUCGGCUGUCCACCAAGUAGCGGUUCCGGCGCCACCACCGAGAACAUGACGGAGCAAGUCAUGACGCUGUUGAGUAGCCAGAAAAUUGACCCGGCUGUUCUUCAAUCUGUGCGCCAGCUGCUGUUGACGUCGGACCGGAAAACCAAGGGUAUUGCCAUGGGCAGAGAUUCAGUGCGAGCGGCACUGAAGGAAAAGGACAAGAGGAUUUCUCAGCUCCAAGAGAAGAUACGGGACCUGGAAAGUCAAGUCGCAUACAAGCACGAGCGCGUGACCAAACUCAAGGCACAGAUAAUGCGAGUGUAUGAAGAAGGCUAG